AUGUCAGAGUACGGAUCUGCUACUAAGGUAUGACUAUUUACGAAAUGUAAACUGUUGUGUCCAUCCUUAAUCCGUAUCGUGUUUAGUUUUUGUCUAAUUUGUGACUCGGCAAAGAGGGCACACAUUAUGGAGUCUCUCUCUCUUUCUCAGCAACUCUUGUUCCCAGUUUAAGCCUUACAUGGAGACAUACCUCUGUCCAUAGAGAGUGAGUUAUAUGGUGCUGAUGUCAUGGUUUCAGCGUGUUUGUGGUGCAUGGCUCACUCUCCUUAUUUGUUAGUUACUAUUAGGGAAAGACUUAGGCUAUUUGUUUUGUGGGGAACGAUAUUGAGGAACGAGUAGAGGGGGGGUGGGAAAGUGGUUGAGGUUCAGUUAAAUAAUUUCCUUACAUGGUCUUGUGCGUGAAAGCGGGAUGUGCGCGUGUGCACAGUUAAUGGAGUGCCGUAGAGAGCACUAUGAAAGUUUGCUGUUGGGGCUGUCAGAGAAUGCAUCAUUACUGGAGCAGGCUUUCUCAGGAUAGUCACAUCUAUUCAAAUGUAGUUGUAGUUUACAUUAGACAUUUAAAGUAGUUUUUAAUACAUCAUUUGAAGUGAAAAGUGUAUUAUGCUAUCAGUGACAUUAAAUCCACACCAGCAUGCAUGAACAUUUAUAAUCCUAAUACCUAAGUCUCUGGACUUUACUGUCCUCCUCUACCUUAGCAGUUUUCAGAUAUCUCAUGGAUUACAGUUUUCACAGCUCAUGAUGACGUGUGGAAUAAAAGCUCCAGUGACAGGUAGCAUUUCUUCUCAGAAGUGCAUAGACAAGUGGGAGUGUGCUCUUUCCCUGGCUCCUAAAAAAAACUAACUGAACUCCCGUAUGAUGAGGAGGAUUAGUCUCUUCUCCAUAAAUUAUUAAUUGGUCUCAUAUCACAUGAGGCUGUCUGUCUCUGGUGACUGGAGUCAGGAGCUGAAGGUCUCUUUAGGAGCUGUCCCUUGAGUAUUUAGCCCUAGAGGGCAUGUUGUCAAUGGAAGGACACUAAGCAUUAUCCCCAAUGGACAGUAUUGUGGUUGUUUCUUCAUUUUCUUGACUUGACAACUGAUUUUGCCAACUAGCAGGGAUCCAGACUAACAUUUUCCCCUGGUGGCAGUGGUGCCACAAAGUUUUUCAGUUGUUGGCACCAGCCCAUGAUUUGGAAGCACAAUCUGUUUUUUUCCCCCCGCGGCAUCACGUAAUAGAAUAAAUUAGUAUAAUCUUAUAAGGUCAUUGACAGUGCUUUAUUAAAAAGUGUAAACGACUACUGAUGGUAUUUGAUAUAUAUAAUAUAUACAAAAUUGAGAGUUGAAAAAUCUAAACUAUACUUACCGAAAGCUGAGAACCUCCUCUUCAACUGUGAAAACACGAUAGCUGUGUUUUACCAGCAAUUGGAUUUUAAAAUGUUAUACAACAUAUUUUUUUCUCCCUGAGCAUUCCUUCCCCCCCGGGAAAGGAGAGCGGCUCGCUCAACAAAGCAAAACAGGUACAGGGGCAGGCAGACACUUUCAUGAGGAUAAUGUACUUUACUGUUUGACCAAAUCAUGGUUUAGCCUCCUAAAAUAAAUUGGACGUUUUGAGUUGAGUAACCAUGUAGAAUGUGUAGCUCGCACCGAUGCAACCAAUAAAACAUUUCAUUCGCACAGCCAAGUCAAAGGGUCGCAAAAUGCGACUAAAUGGUCGCAGUCUUGAGCCCUUUGCUAUACUGUAGCAGAAAGAUAGGCCUACAAGUUGACCCAUUGGGCAAGCCCAUGUGACGCAUGCCAAUGGAUUUCAGUUGCUGUAUUCAUAAAAAUGAAUCUGAUGGGGUGUGCUGCCUGCAUGCAUGACGGCGAGAUGGUUGUGUCAUAGGAGCAGGCAGCCAAACCCAAGCAUCUCCCUUCACACCCACAGCUGGUUUGUGUUAGCUAGAGGAUGGGGUCAUAUACUCCUCCUCACCUCCACCCUGGAGCUCCACUUAUGGGUGUUCCCAUUGUUAUGCUGCGUCUUGUCCCAACCAUAGGAAUGACUAUGAUCUUAUUGGGAGAGAACUGAUAUUUCCACCUCUUACAGACAGUCCGUUUACAAUACCUUUUUCUCCUGUCUGUGCAGACUGUUGGGCUGUCCCGUGAAGAGAUCCUGCCAUGCGUGAAUACAAGCUAGUGGUACUAGGCUCGGGAGGCGUGGGCAAGUCCGCUCUGGUGAGUAUUUUACUGUAGGUGGCCACUCCAGGCCAUUUAGCAGAUGCUAUUAUCCAGAGUGACCUACAGUAGUGAGUGCAUAGAUUUGUAUACUUUUUUGUACUGGCCCCCGGUGGGAAUCGAACCGACAACCCUGGCAGUUGGUAGCGCAAUGCUCUACCAACUGAGCCACACGUGACCAUCUCUGCUUAGUGCUCAGUCCAGAUGUCUUUCUUAUAUACCAACUAGCACAGGCCAGGGUUAUGCAAAUCCAGGCCUCAAGGUCCACAGCACCAUCAAUUCAUAUUCCUGUGCUAGUGGUGGGUUGUGAGUUGUUGAUCUGACUUGUUGUUGUGUCCUCUCUUACAGACAGUCCAGUUUGUACAGGGAAUCUUUGUGGAAAAAUAUGACCCAACAAUAGAAGACUCCUACAGAAAGGUACGUGUCCCAUAAGGGAGGAAUUGCCAGGGAAUACGCUGAUUGCUAUCAGCUGGUCUGUGGGUCAACAACAUGUUGUGCUCUUUCUUUCUCACCCUCUUGUCUAUAUAUCUCUCUCUCUCCCUUUUCUGUCUCUCUCUGUCUGUCUCUGCCUGCUCUAAUGUUGUAUUUUUCUCUCCACUGCAGCAAGUGGAGGUAGAUGGACAGCAAUGCAUGCUUGAAAUCCUCGACACAGCCGGCACAGUAAGUUAACGUUGCUCAGCUCCAAGACUCUGUUAUCCAGGCUAAACCCUGAGUCUGUAUGUUUUAUUAAAGACAUGCUCCGGUACUUUGGUGACUAAAAGUAUUUGGGCUAGACGUGUCAGUGUGUAGUUCAUACAUGCAUAAUCUAUGAGCAUAAUUAUUGUCUUACCUCAAUUAGCCACCUGUUUUCUUGAAGCUGUGUCGUGCCAUUUUACCUACACUCCCCCCCCGUGUCGGCCAGCCCCUUGCAAUUCGAGUGCUAGCCAAUGAACUUCAGCCCCUCUCAUUUGAGUGACAGCUAGCAAGAGGCCUGGCCAGCAUUAUCCAAUGAGGUUGCAGGGCGGGCCCAACGGCUCAAUGGGCACUGCAGAGAGAGUGAAAGCAAUGACGUUGUCAAAUCUGCUGUGAUGUCUAGCAGCAGCAUAAUGAAUGUAUUAAGUAGAACUCUUUGUGGGGGGAAAUCAUGAAAUUGAUCAGGGGAAUAGAGGUCUUAUUAACUAUGACAUCAGAACUCAUGAUGCAUCUUUCCCGUCUGUCUUACAGGAGCAGUUCACAGCAAUGAGAGAUCUGUAUAUGAAGAACGGUCAGGGCUUUGCCCUGGUAUACUCCAUCACAGCACAGUCCACGUUCAACGACCUGCAGGACCUGAGGGAACAGAUCCUGAGAGUAAAGGACACAGAAGAUGUGAGUAGCUACCUUGGAUUAUAACUAGGGCCCAGCAUUAUUACUAAUCAGGCCACAUGAUCAGAAAAACUCCUGGCCCUAGUUAAAACAAAUAUUAUAUUCGCCACAGCACGAUAUAACAUUUACCCAUGAUCAUAAACUAGUCUUUGCGGUGUGAUGACAACUGAGCUCAUACAGCAAGAAUGAGAGAAGGAAAUAUUAUUAUUAUUAUUACAACCCCUCCACAUUAACCACAGUCCCAUUUCUUGGCACUCCCUCCUUGUUUGGAGUAUCAGAGUGAGAGAUCUCAUAGUCCCCUGGCCUCUACAGAUACUCACUCAGGAGGAUGAUGGCCUUUUUUGGUGAUCUGUAGAACCCCUUUCCGCUCUAGCGUUCUCUCGCUUUCACCCUCUCUUUCCUAUACUAUCUAUCGCUUUCUGUGUGGGCGGGGCUAAUGUCUCUCCGUGUGCCAAUAGAUCCCCUGUACUUUGUUAUGAUUGGCUCUUUUCAUUGCCUGUUAGUUACUCUUUGUUUCCCACUUGGCUUGUGGUCCGUGUGGUCUGGCCCGAGGCGGAUGAUCUCCACUGAAAGUCCCUAGUCAUCAGAAACACUGGAUGGGCCAGGGUAUCUGUCUGAGGCACUUCAGAUUAGAAAGCCAUUGCAUGAUGGAGGUUAGGGAUUGAUUGUAGGAUCACUGGCUGUCGACAGGGAAGAAGGCCCGUGCGAUCCCUUUCCUCAAUGUUUUCUCUCGAAAUUCUGUACUGUACUGCAGCUCUCUGUGGCAGCUAUCAUUCCACUGACGAUUUAAGAUUUUCGCCCUGAUUAUCUUUCAUUGCCUCUUGCAGGAAUGCAUGACCAACGGAAAUGCUUUCAGUGUUUUUUUCCCCCUCAAAAGAAGGGAUGGAUUCUUGGUUGAAUUUGGGCACAGUGAGUCCAGUGCUGCUCAGCCAUUUCCAUUCCAAGUGCUUGAUGGGAAUGCCACACACCAUUUACUACGACAGAGUUGGAGAAUGUGGAGACCCACGGCAGGGCUCAUGGUCUAGCCAGGCUCGAUUAGAGACACUUCAUGUCCAUACGGAACACACAGGCUACAAAACAGAGAACCCACACGGCAAGGCCUCUGAAAUAGGUGCUUAGAUGAUUAGUUCCACUAUAAUACGCUUUGAGGAUUUUUGGUAGGAUUCUUUUCAAGCUACAAUGUGUCACAAUGUAACAUUAAGAUUGUGCAAAUGCAAGUGUUUUAAUCAGUAGACAACUUACCAGAGUAAACCUGGACACCAAAGCCCAUUUCCUUGAAUGGUAACAAGGAGACUCAUACGGUGGUGAAUGAAGUGAUGGGACUAGUGUCGGCUUUUCUCACAUUUUUUUUAUUUCCUUCUGUCACACAAAUAGCUUACGCAAGAGGUCUUGUGACUCCUGCUGUCUAAGUCCUCUUCUGUUCAGCCGGAGUAAUAGGCUAAUGCCAGACUUGUGAUUUCUCAAUGUGUACGUCUCGGUGUGGCUCUUGGACAAGGCUUAACUUCCCUCCCUGCCUGCCUCCAUGUUGCUGACUGGGGAGGUUCUACAGCUACAUUCUUCCCUAUCUGGCGUUAGCUAGCCUGGAAAUGCAUACCUCCGGUUCUGCUUGGACUUUAGGGCAACCGUUGUUCAACGGCCCCGACUAAGGGUUUGUUUGGAUUUGAAACUUCACGGCGCUACCUCCAUGGAGCUAGUCCAAACUGCUUCCUGUAAUCUGCCCUGUGAGAGAGGGCACUACGCCGAAUAGGGUGAAGUUGUCCCCAGACGCUGUUCUGAGGUCAGUUUUACGUUCCUGCAUCCUCUGCCCCCCUAAUGGUUAAAGUUAGGAUCUGCAGAGGUGAAGUUGCUCCCAGAUCUGUGCUUAUAGGGCAACUUUUACACAGAGCUGCUGUUUCUAGACUUUUCAUUAAGGUGUCAAAGUGGGUAGAGAUUAGAGAACUCAAUCCAGCAUCCUGUAUUCUCUCUUUGGUCUCACCUUGAUCUUAUGUACUGCUCCACACACACACACACACACACACACACACUGUCUGCCAUGGUAUCAUUCCAUGGAGCAGCUGGAGCAUGGAAUGCAAUGCAAACACAGGGAAACAGGCAGUAAGCUGAUUUCUAUCCUGCUUGGCUGCCAUUUUUUCCAUUUUCCCCUAACUCCCUAGACAGCCAGAACACACUGUCAGGAUUGGUGUGACAAAUCCAUACACACACAUCUUGUAUUGAUUAGGGCUGGGAAUUGCCAGGUACCGCACCAUACGAUAAUAUUACCAUACUUAGGUGCUGAUACGAUAUGUAUUGAGAUUCUCACGAUUCUAUAUGUAUUGCGAUUUGAAGUUCCAAACAUAUUGCUCACUAUAUGUCCGCUGCAGAGAGACAAGAUGGAGCAUGAGAGAAUUUAUUUAGAUCAUUCAUGGGAAUAAAAGUGCUAUACAUGUUGGCUCACUAUUUAAACAAGCAAUAGGAUGGAAAAUACCAGAGUUUUGGUGCCGAUACAGCUGACUAGCGCCAGCUAAAGCUACCUAGCCCCCCCCCCCCCCCCCCCAAAAAAUACAUUUUUACAAAUCGAGUCAAAGUAUCGUUUUUAUAAUAUUGUGAUGUGUAACUAUAGAUUUUUCAUCCAUCAUUAGUAUUGAUCCAUGUGUUUUUUUGUCUGGUUCCAGUUAAAUGUUUUAGUAACAUUUUGAUGUUAUCCCUCAUCUGUGUCUGGUUCUUUUCACUCCCAGGUGCCGAUGAUCCUGGUGGGGAAUAAGUGUGACCUGGAGGAUGAGCGGGUGGUGGGAAAGGAGCAGGGUCAGAACCUGGCCAGACAGUGGAACCACUGUGCCUUUUUAGAGUCCUCCGCUAAGUCAAAGAUCAACGUCCUCGACGUGAGUACUGACAAUCAAACUGCUGACUAGUAAUUUAAAUGUACAGAUAACUAUUGCUUUUUAAUGUGUCAUAGCACUUAACAAUGGUUUUGUGUUUGCAGAUCUUCUAUGACUUGGUCAGACAGAUAAAUAGGAAAACGCCUGUGGAAAAGAAGAAGGCGAAAAAGAAAUCAAACUGUGUCCUGCUCUAAAGGUCCCCUCCCCUCCGCCCUGCAGCAGCUCUGAGCCAG